ACCAAGAGCAUUGAAUACACAAUCUAGUUCAGCUGUAGCUAGUUGCUGCAUUUCUGCAUGUGCCAGACAUUACUGUCACAAUACUUCUCUGCUGGAAUUAAAAAAAAAACCUGGAACUCAACUAUACUAAUAAAGUGAUAUUGGUGGGUUAUUCUAAUUCAAUUAAGCUCUGUGGAAAAGCUUGACUAUUAGCAUACCUCGAAUUCAACAGUCCAAGUCAAAAAUGUCGUUGCUACAGAGAACAAACAGCUUCAGUGGGAACUCAUAAAAGCAAAAAAAGCCGCAAUAUAUUUCUGGAUUUUCUCUAUUCAAAGGAACAAGUUUUCAAAAAGACAUCACUGCACAUCCUCCUACCAAAAUGAAGGCUUUUAUCUGGACUCCAGGUGUGCUUUUCUUCCUUCUAAUGCCUAUUGGACAAUGCACAGGAGGACAGUCCAAAAGCAGUAAAAUAACCCAGAGGAGGUACCCUCGUUCGGCAGAUGGUAGAGAGGAAGGGAAGAAAUGUGGUUACACAUUCCUGGUUCCUGAACAAAAAAUAACAGGGCCAAUUUGUGUCAACACCAGAGGGCAAGAUGCAGGCAACAUUAAAGACAUGAUCACGAGGAUGGACAUAGAGAACCUGAAGGAUGUACUCUCCAAACAGAAGCGGGAGAUAGAUAUCUUGCAGUUGGUGGUAGACGUAGAUGGAAAUAUUGUGAAUGAGGUAAAGCUGCUGAGAAAAGAAAGCCGUAACAUGAACUCCCGAGUCACUCAACUCUAUAUGCAACUCUUGCAUGAGAUUAUCCGUAAGAGGGAUAAUUCGCUUGAGCUUUCCCAACUGGAAAACAAAAUCCUCAAUGUCACAACAGAAAUGUUGAAGAUGGCAACAAGGUACAGGGAGCUAGAAGUGAAAUAUGCAUCUCUGACUGAACUUGUAAAUAACCAGUCUGUGAUGAUCACUUUGUUGGAGGAGCAGUGCUUGAGGAUAUUUUCCCGACAGGACACCCACGUGUCUCCUCCUCUUGUUCAGGUGGUGCCACAGCACAUUCCUAACAGUCAGCAAUAUACUCCUGGUCUGCUGGGAGGUAAUGAGAUACAGAGAGACCCGGGAUAUCCCAGGGAUCCAAGACCACCACCUGAUCCAGCAACUUCUCCUACCAAGAGUCCUUUCAAGCUAACCCCAGUAACUUUCAUCAACGAAGGGCCAUUCAAAGACUGUCAGCAAGCCAAAGAAGCUGGGCACUCCAGAAGUGGAAUUUAUAUGAUCAAACCUGAAAACAGUCAUGGACCAAUACAGUUAUGGUGUGAGAACAGCCUGGACCCCGGGGGCUGGGCAGUUAUUCAAAAGAGGACAGAUGGCUCGGUCAACUUCUUCAGAAACUGGGAAAACUACAAGAAAGGAUUUGGAAAUAUUGAUGGAGAGUACUGGCUGGGACUGGAAAAUAUCUAUAUGCUCACUAAUCAAGAUAAUUACCGGUUGUUGAUUGAGUUAGAAGACUGGAGUGAUAAGAAAGUCUAUGCAGAAUACAGCAGCUUUCGCCUGGAGCCUGAAAGUGAAUUCUAUAGACUACGAUUGGGAACUUAUCAGGGAAAUGCAGGGGAUUCCAUGAUGUGGCACAAUGGAAAACAAUUCACGACACUGGACAGAGAUAAGGACAUGUAUACAGGAAACUGCGCCCACUUUCAUAAAGGAGGUUGGUGGUACAAUGCCUGUGCACAUUCAAACCUGAAUGGAGUGUGGUACAGAGGAGGCCACUACAGAAGCAAGCACCAGGAUGGUAUAUUUUGGGCUGAAUACAGAGGAGGUUCGUACUCCCUGCGAGCAGUUAGGAUGCUGAUCCGACCUAUUGAAUGAAGAAGAGUCCCCUAGCUGAUCAAAAAUAAAACUUCAUUCUUCAAUUCCCAAGUACAAUGUUAACUGUAAAAAUCUUAUUUUGCACAAUAUUCCCCUGCACUUGCAAGGCUUCAAGUGCUUUUUUAAAAUUAUUUUUACUGUGAUACAAUAUUUUUAAAAAUAGACAGCUUUUUACAGCUCAAGAAUGAGUGUGAUUUCUGAUAUACGGAAAGUGGAUAUUUGAAAUUUGUCCAAAGAAUGGCUAAAGAGUCCCAAAGACAGACAGUUUUCUAAAAUGUUAAUUAUUUACCUUAUUUUAAAACUCUCAUUUGUUUUUUGUUAGAGAAAAACUGAAUCCAAGUUAAUAAACUAUUUAAUGACUUACUGAAACCUUAAGAAGAGAGCUAAUUUUCAGGGUGGGGGAUAAUUUAAAAGUUCUCCAGAAAUUCACAAGUGAGUUUCCUAAACUUUGGACAAGAAAUUGGAGGGAUACUCUAGUUUUGCCAAUAUAAACACAUUUUUGCAUCAAUAAAAUGUAAUGUUACUCCAACCGAGAUUGUUGUUUUCACAUGCUUAAAUUAGGAUUUUGGAAAGGGCCAUUCAGCAUUUUAAUUUUUUGCAAAAGCAACUAAGUGAAUAUUUUCUUAAUGAAAUGAUACAUUAAGAAUGCAGUUUAUGAUUUAAAAUUUUUAUAGAAAGAUGCACGAGAAAAUUCCUCAUUGUUGAUAUCUAUUAGAACUGUUUGUGGCCUACACAAACAGCUGGUGGUGGUGUUGAAGGCAUGCUGUUGAAUAGCAAAGAUUCUUCUGAAAACAGUGUAAUAUUCCAUAUGUAAUCAGUAUACGAUGGCUAUAAAUAAAAAGACUGAGUAUUUAG